AUGGCGACUGGGAAGAUGAAUGUUUUGGUCUAUUCCGGAAAUGGAAGCACCACUGAAUCCGUGCGUCAUUGCCUCUAUACGCUUCGUCGCCUACUCUCUCCCACUUAUGCAAUCAUUCCGGUCACCGGAGAUGUCAUCAUCAAGGAACCAUGGACAGCGUCCUGCGUUCUUCUCGUGUUCCCUGGUGGUGCGGAUCUAGGCUACUGCAGGACGCUCAAUGGGCCGGGGAAUCGGCGCAUCAGCCUCUAUGUCAACCGAGGGGGAAGCUAUCUAGGCUUCUGCGCUGGUGGCUACUACGGUUCUUCGAGAUGUGAAUUCGAAGUCAAUGACCCUAAAUUAGCGGUCGUUGGUGACCGUGAGCUUGGCUUCUUCCCAGGGACCUGCAGGGGCCUGGCGUUCCCCGGCUUUGUGUACAGUUCGGAAGCGGGCGCUCGCGCGGCUGAGCUGAAAAUCAACAAGGAGGCACUCCCGGAUGUAAACCCUCAUAUGAAAGAAACAUUUAAGAGCUAUUAUAAUGGAGGUGGUGUGUUUGUUGAUGCGAAGAAACUGGAAAGUCGGGGUGUGGAGACCCUGGCCAGCUAUACCGAAGACCUGAACGUCGAUGCAGGCGAAGGUGCUGCAGCGGUUGUCUACAGGAAAGUCGGACAAGGUCAUGUUGUUCUGACCGGACCUCAUCCAGAAUUUGCUCCCGCCAACCUUACCCGGACGCCUCAAAUGCCGUCAUACUCGGAAGCUAUCGACCAGAUUACUAGCACAGACGCCACUAGAAUCGAGUUCAUGAGACUGAUUCUGCGCAAGCUCGGCUUAAAAGUCAAUGACGAGGAACAAGCGGUACCGUCCCUCUCCAGUUUGCAUCUCUCAGCUCAUAAGGCUGCAGAUGUCGCCGAUCUCAUCGCUUCGUGGAGUUCGAUCCUCACUGUAGUAGACGGCGAGGAAUACAUCCUAGGCCAGAAUGAUUGCUUUCAUUUGGAAAGUGAGCAUUCUGUAUGGGCAGUGGAGGGGCUGAAAAACGCCGUUCAAGCAUUGGAAAAUGUUAUUCCGGACGCUAUGAUUGGGAAUCGUGCUGGCGAUCAGCACACUCAAGACAAGGACACUGUCAAAGGCAUUCUUGAACGGAUAGAAUACACGAGGAACUACACUACAGGGGAUCGAAUAUUGGACUACAACAUGAUCAUUAAAACGCUGAAGCCGCAUGAAAAGGAGCUUCCAUCCUCCCGCGAAACACCAUACUUCCACCACGACUCCUUCUACGCCAACCUGGAGCACUACCAUGCAAUGCUGCGAAACCCAGGUUUUGCCUUCGGGAGCUACCUUAUGUACGGCGAAGUUGUCACAUCCACAAACACAUUGCUUGAAAAGAACCCGUCCCUGCUCCGCCAUCUCCCAACGGGCUUCACAAUAACAGCAACCCAACAAAUAGCGGGCCGAGGCCGCGGGUCCAACGUCUGGGUCGCACCACCAGGCGCGCUCAUGUUCUCCACCGUUCUACACCAUUCAUUUCAGAUUUCACAAUCCGCACCUGUCAUCUUCGUUCAGUAUCUUGCUGCCCUUGCCAUUGUGCGAGGUAUCAAGUCUUACGCACCAGGCUACUCCGACAUUGGCGUCAAGCUCAAGUGGCCCAACGACAUUUACGCUCGACUACCAGGCAGCCCAGAUAACCCCGUCGUCAAGAUCGGAGGCAUCUUGGUAAACAGCAGCUACAGCGGUACGAGCUACGACAUCGUCUGCGGUAUCGGUCUCAACCUCGCCAACCCCUUGCCAACGACCUCCCUCAACAUGCUUGCCGAAGCCGCUAACCUCAAACCCUUCACGUACGAGAAACUGCUCGCCUCCAUCCUUGCACACUUCGAAUUUCUCUACACGGAUUUCUGCAGUAGAGGGUUCACGAGGGACAUGGAAGACGAAUACUACGCAGCAUGGUUGCAUAUGGAUCAGAUCGUCACACUGGAGACGCAUGAGGGGGCGAGAGCGAAGAUUAAGGGUAUCACGAGAGAUUGGGGACUGUUGUUGGCGGAGGAGUUGGGGUGGGAGGACAGACCAACUGGGAGAAUUGUGCAGUUGCAGAGUGAUAGUAAUAGUUUUGACUUCUUUAAAGGGUUGAUUAGGAGAAAAGUAUGA